UAGCUCUGAUACUGCACGUAGGCUCUAGCUUUGGGUGGCGAAUGUUCGGUAUUUGGUACCGGUCGGGAGACCUAGAAAAUAGUCAAAACAGUUGCCGAACGCCUCGCGUCGCCGACUUUGGAACUGACCGGUGCGAUUAUGCGAUUGCUGCAAUCAGACUUGAGUUCAUGCACACUUGCCUUUAAUUUUUGGCUGUAAUGCUGCAAAAUGUGCUGCUGCUGAAACUCAACACUUGCUGGCAUCUCAUAUUGCCGCUCGUGAUGUUGCAGCCUAUGUACCGCACAAUUAUUACUUACACUUUGUGACUAUUACAGCCCACCUUGUACCGAAGAAUAUCAUUUUAUUACAUCUUCCUCUUGUGGGCCUUCAAGCAUUAAAUUCGAAAAAUGUCUCUUUUAUCAGAUAGCAUACUUAACGAAAAAAUCGGCAUCAUCGGAAGUGGUUUAAUAGGGCGUAACUGGGCGAUGAUUUUUGCAUCGGCUGGAUACCGUGUCUCACUGUAUGAUGUGGACAGUCACGCUGUUGGAAAAGCCUUGAAAGCUAUCGAAGAGCAGCUCGACACUCUCCAGCAACGCGGACUUUUGCGUGGGGAGUUGUCUGUCGGCCAACAAUAUGCACUGAUUACGGAAGCGCAUUCCUUGGAAGACUGCGUAUUAAACGCAACCUACAUUCAGGAGUGUGUACCCGAAGUUUUGGAGUUAAAACAACAGGUUUUCCGCGAAAUUGAUGAUGUAGUCGAUGAUGACGACAUUGUUCUGGCGAGUUCAUCCAGUUGUAUUCCACCCUCAAAAUUUUCCGAAAACUUAAAGCACCGCUCACAAGUUCUGGUGGCACAUCCGAUAAACCCACCGUAUUUUGUACCGCUGGUGGAAAUAGUGCCGGCGCCGUGGACAGCCGAGCACAUUACAGCAAAAACGCGCAAAAUACAGGAAGUCAUUGGACAGGCGCCAGUCACACUGCGGAAUGAAAUCGCCGGAUUCGCGCUAAAUCGCAUACAGUACGCUAUCAUUAACGAGUGCUGGAGCAUGGUGCAGGAUGGGCUACUGAGUGUGGAGGAUAUUGACAAGCUCAUGAAAGACGGACUCGGACCGCGCUACGUUAUGGGUGUUUUCGAAACGAUUCACCUGAAUGCGGAGGGUGUCGGUAAUUACUGCGACCGCUACGGGGAAACGAUUUUCAACGUGUCACAAACGCUGGGCAAAACACCCCGACUAUCUUCCCAGACCGACGUGGGAAAGCUUAUUUGCCAGGAAAUGGAGAAAACUAUUCCUUUAGGCCGUUUGCACGAGCGGCGUCGUCUGCGAGAUGAAAAGCUAGCCGAGUUAGCAAAGUUAAAGAAGUUGUUUUGAAUGUGUGUUCAAUAAGCUCUGGAGAUGCAUACAGGCACACAUGCGCUUUGUAAGUCUGUUAUUGUUAGCUGAUAUGAAAAAUAGGACUUUGCAGUUGCAUAGUUCGAAAGAUGGAAGGAUUUUUAGACGGCUUGACCCUUGUUUUAAUUUAAGAAGGUUUUUAUUCGGGGAUUGUUUGCUUUAGUGCACGAUUGUGCUUGCAGUGACCUCGGUGAUUUCUAACAUCGCUCGCUACAUGUCACUUACUUGUUAAGAAAAUAGUACCGGGUUG